AUGACUAACCCACCACCACGAAUACUGCCUCGCGUCAUGACCAACCAAGGCCGCCAUUGGUGCCACGAAAGCAACACGGACCAACUCCAAACAAUAAUUAAGACCUCACUUCCUCAGCACUUGAAUUAUGCAACAGAUAUGGACUCAAAGGUGAAAGCUAUGAUCAAACUUCUCAAUGAAGAUGCUGAUUCUUUUGCACGGAGAGCAGAGAUGUACUACAAGAAACGCCCAGAGCUAAUGAAACUGGUGGAGGAGUUCUACCGAGCUUACCGUGCAUUGGCAGAAAGGUAUGAUCAGGCCACCGGUGCACUUCGACAGGCCCAUAAAUCGAUUUCUGAAGCAUUUCCCAAUCAGAUGCCACCAAUGUCUGAUGAGUCACCUUCUUCUUCGGGCCAAGAAGUGGAACCACAUACUCCAGACCUGCCCACUUUCACCCGUCUCCCUUUUGAUUUGGAUGACCUGCAGAAGGAUGGAGUAGGUGUGUCACCACAGCAAUUCACCUCCAAGAGGAAUGGUACACACCCUGAGGAAGCCAGUGCACUGCCAAAUCGAAAAGGUUUUGAUGUGAAAGUGCGUAAAGGCCUAAGCUUUGGAAGCCCAGAAGUUAAAGGCUGUGAUGCCAUCAGCAAUGAGAUGGUAAAUUUGCAACAAGAGAUUUCAAGAUUAUUAGCCGAGAGCAACAGCAUGAAACAACAGAUAUUAUCAGAAUCUGAGAGGGCAAACAAAGCUGAAAAUGAAAUCCAGGUUCUAAAGGAUACCGUCUUGAAAUUGAAUUCUGACAAAGACACGUCUCUGCUGCAAUAUAAUCAGUCCACUGAGCGGUUAUCUACUCUGGAGUCUGAGCUCUCUAAGGCCCAGGAUGACCUCAAGAAGCUAACUGAUGAAAUGGCUACAGAAGUUCAGAAGCUGAGUAGCGCUGAAGCACGCAAUAGUGAAAUACAGUCUGAGCUUGAGGCUUUGGAUCAAAAGGUGAAGAUGCAGCAAGAAGAACUUGAACAAAAGCAGAAGGAACUGAAAAGCUUCAACUUAACCUUCCAAGAAGAACAGGAUAAGCGCCUGCAGGCUGAAAGUGCUCUGCUUUCAGAGGGGAAAGAGCUUGCUCAAUGUCAAGAAGUACAAAGGCUGACUAUGGAAAUCCAGAUGGCAAAUGAAAAGUUGAAUGAGCUCAAGCAGACCAAAGUAAAUCUUGAGAAUGCUGUUUCUGAGCUGAAGAAAGAAGUUGAGAGCCUUACUGAACAAAACCGCUCCUCUGAGCUGCUUAUACAAGAACUUCGUGAUGAAAUUAAUUCUCUGACGGAUUCAAGGAACGAACUUCAAAAUGAAAUCCAAAGCCUAAGGAGCACCAUUUCACAGUUAAACACCGAGAAGGAUGCAGCCCUAUUUCAACACCAGCAGUCCGUUGAAAGAGUUUCUGAUCUGGAAUCUCAACUCCUGAAGCUACAGCCUGAGCUGGAAGAAAUUGAACAGAAGGUUCAGAUGCUGAUGCAAGAUCUUGAACAGAAGAGACAGGAAGCAGAUAAUGCCCAUGCCCAGCUGCAAGAUGAAUGCAAUAGGCACACACAAACUGAAGCAGAUCUUCACAGGUUUAAGAAUCUUCAUUCUCAGUUGGAAGAGGAAGUGAUAAAGCUGACAGAAAAUCUUGACAGAUCAACAAAGGGACUGGAAGAGUUGGAAAAUGCAAAGUUAGACCUGGAAAACACAUCAAGAGAGUUAAAAAGCACAAUCUUAGAUUUAAACUCUGAGAAGGAUGCAGUACUUCUGCAACAACAGCAAUCUUUGGCAAAAAUAUCUGAUUUGGAGCUACAGCUCUCUAAAACACAGUUGGAACUGAAGAAUUCUGAACAGAAAAUGCAGCUACUGGAGCUAGAAAUCACACAGAAGAGUGAAAAUAUGAACAGCCUGACGUUGAACCUGAAAGAAGAAACUGAGAAGAAACUGACGUUGAAACUGAACAAGUUUCUGUUUUUGCAUAACAGAAACUUGUUUGCAAAAUUACACCCAUCAUCUGAAAAAGUAGCCAUGCAUAACCAAAAUUACACACCGUGGUCUCUAGUUUUGAAAUGGUAUCGGUUCUCUCCCUGGCCACGUUUCAAUCUUCUCUAAGUACUUGACAGGAACAACGCCAUCCAAAAACCCAGAAUCACCUCUUUA